UGCUCAGCUGUGGCGGGCAAAAAAAAUAUCAAUAGUAUUGUUUUUAAUCAACGUAUAGAAUCUCUUAAACAGUACGUGUAAAAUACCUCAACACCCACAAAUUACAAAUCUGGGUACAAUGGGCAAAGACUACUACAAGAUUUUGGGCAUCGAGAGAAAUGCAUCCAACGAAGACGUCAAGAAAGGCUACCGCCGGAUGGCGCUCCGCUACCAUCCGGACAAGAACGACCAUCCGCAGGCCGAGGCGCAGUUCAAGGAAGUAGUGGCCGCCUUCGAAGUCUUGUCUGACAAGGAAAAACGCCAGAUAUACGACCAGUUUGGAGAAGAGGGUCUCAAAUACGGUGACGAACCGGCGACCUUUGCCCAGCCCACGUCAGACAUGCUGCCAUUCAUGUGUGCCGUCGGAGGAACCGUACUCUUUGCCUUCGCCGCCUACAAGACCUUUCAGUUCUUCAGUAGAAAAAAAGAGCCUGCUACCAAUAAUGAGGGAUCAUCCUCGGAUUAAGUCUUUAAUUUAAGAAUUAAGCAUCCGCCGACAUGGCUAACGAAUCUUUAAAGGAGUAUCGCUGCGUAGUUUUUAGACUGUUUUAAGUGACUUAUUUAUCGACCGCUUGAUUUGGCUUAUCCUGUUUUUUUUUAGUAUUGUUAGUCCAAUAAAUCGAAUCGAUUGUUCUCGAAACGAUUACAAAAAUAUCUGAUCUGUGCAAAUAGCUCUAAUCUAUAAUUCGAAGAUUAAAUUAAAUUGUUAAAUCUUAA